AUGCUCUUGACUAAGACCUUUGCUAUAAUGCCAGGCAUGGAGGCAGCGAUAGCGACCGCAGCGUCUUUGCAGGAUUUCCUGGAAGAAACCACCUGCUCCAUCUGCCUGGACUAUUUCCAGGACCCCGUGCUCAUCCCGGAGUGCGGCCACAACUUCUGCCGGGGCUGCCUGACCCGCAGUUGGGGGACGUCGGAAUUGGAGGCUUCCUGUCCCCAGUGCAGACAGACCUUCGGGCCCCACAACGUCCUCCCCAACAGGCAGCUGGCGCGGGUGCUGGAAGUGGCCAGGCGAUGCGGAAGCCCUUGGGGCGAGGACAGAGGGAGCUUCUGCCUGAAGCACCAGGAGCCCCUCAAGCUCUUUUGUAAGGACCACGAGACCCUCAUCUGCUUGGUCUGCGACCGAUCCGAAGAGCACAGGGGCCACUCGGUGAUCCCUGUGGAGGAGGCUCUCCAGGAGUACCAGAUCAAGGUUGGGGAUUGCCUGAAGGCUCAGAAGGAAGAGAAAGAAAAAAUAGCUACAUACAAAACAGACACAGAGCAAAGAGUGCAGGAGAUGACCACAUCGAAAAAGAGAAAAAAAAAUGUAAUGGCUGAAUUCAGAGAACUACAACUCUGGUUAGAAGGACAGGAGGAGCUUAUGUUGGCUAGAAUGGAAGAGACGGAGAAGGAUAUUAUGGCAAUAAAGGAGAAAGGUUUGGCCAAGCACAUGGAGGAUCUGUGCUCUCUUGAUGAUCUCAUCCAGGAGAUAGAGGAGAAGCAUCAGCAGCCAGCCAGCAAACUCUUACAGGACAUUGGAAGCAUCUUGAAGAAGUAA